GAGAAACAUCACUCAACAUAAGAAUCGGUAAAAACAUCAUGGCUAGCAGGCGCGACUUCCUCAGCCAGCCGGCACCCGAAAAUUAUGUAGCCGGCCUCGGCCGUGGUGCUACAGGCUUCACGACCCGAUCAGAUCUCGGUCCUGCCCGCGAAGGACCCAGCGAGGAUCAAAUCAAGGCUGCUGUCGCAAAGCGGUCCGCUCAGCUCGGCCUGACCGAGGCGAAAGAUGACGACAAAGACGAUGAAGAGCGGUACCAGGACCCCGACAACGAGGUUGGGCUAUUCGCUGGCGGCAUCUACGAAAAGGACGACGAAGAGGCUGAUCGCAUAUGGAAAGAAGUCGACGACAAGAUGGCGAAACGCCGCCAGAAACAAAGGGACAUACGAGAGAACGCCGAACGCGACGAAUACGAGCGCCAGAACCCAAAGAUACAACAGCAGUUUGCCGGGCUUAAGAGGGCGCUGGAAACGGUGACGGACGAAGAAUGGGCGAGCCUCCCAGACCCGAAAGACCUCACCGGCCGCACCAAGCGUGCCCGGCAAGAGCGAAUGCAGCGCUUUUACGCUGUGCCCGACAGCGUCCUUGCUGCAUCAAGAGACCAGGGACAGUUCGGGACCACAGUUGCCGAUGACGGCGGGGCGCCCUCCGAGGGGAACAAGGACGGCACCGUGACCGACUUUGCGAAGAUUGGCGCCGCCCGCGACAAGGUGCUCAGGGCCCGCUUGGAGCAGCAGUCACAAAGCAGCGGCAUCGCGACGGCCGGAGGCGCGACGAGCAUUGAUCCGAAAGGCUAUCUGACCUCUUUGUCGAACAUCCAGGGCGCCGAGCAGAGCAUUGGAGACAUCGAGCAGUUCCGGAAGAUGUUGAAGUCAGCCGUCGACUCGAACCCGAAACAGGCCGCCAGCUGGAUUGCCGCCGCCCGUUUAGAAAUUGCGGCCGGGAAACCCGGCGCUGCCCGUGGUCUGAUUGCCAAAGGGUGUCAACACUGCCCCAAGAGCGAGGAUAUUUGGCUGGAAAACAUCCACCUCAACGACAACCGUAGCGCCAAGGUUAUUGCUGCGCAAGCGAUCCAGGCGAACCCCCACUCGGUAAAGCUGUGGGUGGAGGCGAUGAAGCUCGAGAAUGAUCCGAGGUCAAGGAAGAAGGUCAUCCGGCGAGCGCUGGAUCACAACCAAGAAUCUGAGGCAUUGUGGAAAGAGGCAGUCAAUCUGGAAGAGGACCACGCAGAUGCGCGGAUGUUGUUAGCCAAGGCCACAGAACUUAUACCCGAGUCCCUCGACCUAUGGCUGGCGUUGGCGCGCCUCGAGACACCGGAGAAUGCUCGCAAGGUUCUCAAUAAGGCGGUCAAGAAGCUCCCUAGUUCGCACGAACUGUGGAUAGCCGCCGCGCGUUUGGAGGAGCAGAUGGGAGAGGGUGCCAGGAGGCCCGUGAUGAAGAACGCCGUCAAGUUCCUCGCCAAGCAAAACGCCAUGCCGAAGCGCGAGGAAUGGAUCGCCGAAGCGGAGAAGUGCGAGGAGGAAGGCGCCGUGGUGACAUGCAGCAACAUCGUCGAGGAAACGCUCGGGUGGGGUCUAGACGAGGAUGACGACCGCAAAGAAAUAUGGAUGGAGGAUGCCAAGGCCAGCAUCAGCCGGGACAAGUUUGCGACAGCGCGCGCAAUCUAUGCCUAUGCGUUACGGGUGUUCCCCAACAGCAGGAGUCUAUAUCUGGCUGCUGUGGAACUCGAGCGGAACUACGGCACCAAGGACGAUCUGUGGCGGGCCCUUGAGAAGGCCGUGGAGGCUUGUCCUCACGUCGAGGUCUUCUGGCUCAUGCUGGCCAAGGAGAAGGCCGGGGAGCUCAACGAGGCGCGCCGGGUGUUGGCGCGGGCGUUCAAGCAGAACCCGGAUAACGAGGACAUCUGGCUGGCCGCAGUCAAGCUGGAAGCCGACAACGGCUUCAUCGACCAGGCGCGGGAUCUCCUCAAGACGGCUCGACAAAACGCGCCUACCGACCGAGUCUGGAUGCGUAGCGUGGCCUUCGAGAGGCAGCUGGGCGCCAACGAAGCGGCGCUGGAUCUAGUGCAAGACGCGCUCCUGCUCUUCCCCGCGGCGCCAAAACUAUGGAUGAUGAAAGGUCAGAUCUACGACGACCUCGGCAUGCUCCCGCAAGCGAGGGAAGCGUACAGCACUGGCGUGCGCGCGGUGCCGUCCUCGGUCCCGCUGUGGCUCCUCUACUCCCGCCUCGAAGAGCGCGCCGGCAACGUCGUCAAGGCGCGCAGCGUCCUCGACCGCGCGCGGCAGGCCGUGCCCAAGUCCCCCGAGCUCUGGACCGAGCUGAUCCGGGUGGAGCGGCGGGCGGGCAACGCCAACCAAGCCAAGAGCCUCAUGGCGAGCGCGCUGCAGCAGAUGCCCAAGAGCGGGCUGCUGUGGGCCGAGCGCAUCCUGCACCUCGAGCCGCGCACGCAGCGCAAGACGCUCAUCACCGAGGCCAUCAAGAAGGUCGAGGACGACCCGGUCCUGCAGGUAACGGCGGCGCGCAUCUUGUGGGCGGAGCGCAAGCUCGACCGGGCGCAGAACUGGUUCGAGCGCGCGCUGCUGCUCGACCGCCACGUCGGCGACACCUGGGCGUGGUACUACAAAUUCCUACUGCAACACGGCACCGAGGAGAAGAGGACCGAUCUGGUGGCCAAGUGCGUGUUGAACGACCCGCGCCACGGCGAGCAUUGGCAGGCGGUGGCGAAGGAUCCUAAGAAUGCGGGCAAGGGGACCGAGGAGGUUCUGAAGCUUGUUGCCGCGUCAUUGAGUUAGGUGGAAGGUUAGGAUGUUGUCGACUCAUGCAAGGUGGUCUCUGCCUGUCUUUGCACGGUUUGUUCGUUGAGUUGUUUUGAUAUCCCCAGAGGCCAGUCUGCAAACUGUUACAUCUCAAAUGCGGCAGUCUUGAUAGUACAUUA